CAUCACUCACUCAUCAUCGGCAAUCAUCUGAUCCAAUGGCAGCCACUGAGUUUAUGUUUCUGACCGUUGAUGGCCAUGGGCGCCCACUCGAACCCGGUAGUCGAGUCUCGAUUCGGAGUCGGUGCAUGAAGGGCGUCAAUGUUCGCCAAGGCUCGCGCCGAUCCAGAAGAAAGGCGCGUAAGGCAUCCGAGACAGUCGCCGCAACUAAAAGUCUCGGGAAGAGUACCGAACUCCUAGAGAUUACGUCUUCUUAUCAAUUAACAAGUUGCGGGCCCCUUGUAAAGUCACUACAGGUCCGAACUGAUGAGCUUGGCUUUGACUCAUCUCGCUUGCCAUCUACUGUACUGCGAUUAGUCGUCAAGUACAAUGCCUUGCUCGAUGCGGCAUAUCCUCUUGAGAUAUACCUCGAGAACACAGACGUCCAAGGACACAGAGUGACCGACGACUUGGCCUUACUGAACGAGAACAAGACUCUGCUAGAGUCGAUAUUCCUGGCUACAUAUGCCGUGGAUGAUUUAUGUUCUGGAACCAAGCUAUCACUUCGAUCGCAGCGAUUACUCUGCACCAUCCUCUCGUCUUUGAACAGCAGUCUUCGCAAUGCUUCAGCGCAACAAUCCUACUCCACCAUACUUACCAUAUUGAUUCUGCUCUUUGCAGCUGAGUCGUUUCGAGAUUUCGAUGCUGUUUCAACACACCUUGACGGACUGACGAGGUUGUUGGAAUUGCGUGAGACAAAGCCGGUGCCGUUGGACUCUAAACUAUUGUUCAAGAUCCAGCAGGUCGAUCUUAGGAUGUCGUUGGCGACGGGUCGGCCACUGUACUUUCCUUUCGACUAUUCAUACUGCCAACAACCUGCCAGUGUCGUUUGCCUGUCAAACAUUGCAAGCUUUGUCAAAUCAUGCGAACCGAUAUCGAUCGUCAAAGUCGAAAAGGAUUCUCAAUUGGUUGGACUUCCAGUCUCAGGUUAG